AUGAGCUAUAGACAAAAGAAAGCAGAAGCUAAUCCUGAUAGGGAUCGUAAUGCCACUGCAAACCGUGGCGAUGUAGCAGGACCCUCCAGACAAGCCUACCCUGCAAUAUCUCAGCAGACGACCUCGGCUGGGCGGCCCCUGGCAGGCUUGCCAAAACAAGUGCGCUGGCAAGAUGGCGGUGUUGUCGCAUGCAGUGAACCAGGUUGCGAGGGUUUGGGCUUUGCGAACCAACAUGCUGCUGCAGCCCAUCACAUAUUGAGGCACAACAAGACGCGUGCGGACGUCUUCGAUGCAACGUUCGGCGCAAGAGACAGCGCCGUUUCUGUCAGAGUUCAGGACAUGGAGAUACCCAUCCAUGACUUCCUGCAGGGUUCCGACCUCGCUGUCAUCACACUGCGGGACCUUCGAGACCGCCUGGCAGCCCAAGGUGACAGCUGGAUUGCGCGGUGCCCAUCACACCUUCAUGUUUGGGACAAAGCGGAGGUCAACAGCAACAUUACCACUGCGGGCCAUGAUACAGGGACUUCACCGCCUGGAGACACAACAGAUAUUAUGGGCCCCACAGCAGCUCGCAAGAGGCGUCAGGCCAGAGCUGGGGAGGGAAACCCUAAGCGUCGUCUGUGCAUCAUUGAAGAAGAACAAGAAGCGGAAGAAGAAGAAGGAGAAGAUGAUGACGAUGUGGCGCGCGUGGACGGAAACGGAGGUCACGGUGGUAACGAACGACGUGAAGCCGAUAUGCCUUCCGUUCGGGAAAGGAGCGAUGAUGACGGCCACAGGGUUGAGAGGCACGCUCGCCUUCACGAUGAGCAUCCUGACCACAGCGAGGCGUCGGGAUCUGCUGCCCUGCCCCGAGAUUCUGACACCCAAGUUGCAUGUUCGCCUUUGGAGGACUUGUUAGAAGGUGUACGAGGUUCAGCACCGCACGCAACCACGGAGCACUACCUCAGCAUGCUCACGAGGGCUGCGAAAGAUGGCCUGUUCGACCCAUCAAACAUACCCACAGAGCUCAACCACCACCUUAUGCACCUUGGAGCGGUAUACAACAUGAUGGUGUCAUUGGACGCGACUCAGGAGGAUGGCCUGUACUCGGCCUUUGUAUGCACGCUGUCCAAGAUUAGGGACACCUUGAGCACCACCGACCAUGUAAAGAUGGCCGACGCCGAGGCAACAUACAAGGCGAGCAAGGCCACCAUUGCCGGGCAUCGUGAAACCGCUGGAAGACUGAGGGCCACCAAUGAGAAGGUGGUGAAGCCACUGCUUGAUGCGUCCGAGAGGCUUGCGCGGGAGGCGAAGGAGCUCUAUGCUGCAAUCGCCAAACAGGAGGCGGCAUGCUUGGAAUCUGCGGAGCACGAGGAAGCGAAGUCAGCUUAUAGCUACUAUAAGCAGAUGGAGACCGACGUCGUUGUGAACGACAUCUUGGUCUUGGCGGCAGAUGCCAUGCCAAACCGCUUUAUGAACGACACGAUGAAGGAACUUCUGCAGUUUCCCAAGCAGCGGCAGGCAAGCCUUCCCAAGCGUGUGAACGACCCUGGAAGACCACCAGAGCUCGGCAACGACAGGGAUCUGGAGGAACCCCAGGUCAUCAAGAAGCUUGGUAGCCGGCUCGACGGUGUUUUGCAGGUUGCCAAGUGCUGGGCUCAAGGCGGUUACCAUGCAAAGCGUGUCUGCCAAUCCGGCUCCGAGGGUGGUGUCCACGAGGACCUGCCAUCACAGCCUUUUGCCAGGGGUCCUGGGACUCAAGUCGUCCCAGAAACAUGCCUGGACGACUGCCUGGCGGAGAUGCCUGAUGCACGGCAACUGGGAGCGCAAGUCCGUGGAUCUGGUGCGCCCAAGUUAGCAAUGCAGCUUGUUGGGCCUCAUGGCAAUGGUGGGCAGGAGGUGGAGACUGGCGAGGAUGAGGAAGGGGACGAGGAUGAGGAAGGGGACAAGGAUGAGGAAGGGGACGAGGAUGAGGAAGGGGACGAGGAUGAGGAAGGGGACGAGGAGGCCGCGUCACAGAACUGCAAGAAUACGGCCCGCCUGCAGGACCGAAUGCACUGCAAUAUUAUAGAAUUAUAAACCCUUCAAAAUCAUGCAAACAGAUUUUCAAAAUACUACGCCAUCAUGGAAAUCG